AUGUUUAACGGAAAAAGUCAGGUAAAUCUCUGGAGGUUCGCUGGAGUGGAAUUCGGACCGGAACUAGUCCUAAAAUUUCGUUACAGAAUGUGGACACCUGCCACUGAUUGGACACCUGGAUCGGGAGGAACCUGGACCUGGGAUGCAAGUUCAAACUCGUGGAUCAACAGUACAAGCAGCGCUGGAUCUUGGAUGUCCGGAAUGGAUGGUGUGUGGAUCGGAACCAAUGAUCAGACUGGACAGCAGUGGCUCGGAGUCGGAAACCCUGGUGGACACUGGGUCGGAACCGUUGAUUCCGGUAUGACAGGGAAUGGAAUGGGAUAUGAUUUCUGGAACAGUUUGAGCACUGGAACUGGUGUGUGGCCUGGAAUGUGGCAGGUCGGAAACGGCAUGAAUGGGGUCGGCUUGGGUAGCAUGUGGACCGGAGCUUUCGGCGGAAACGGAAUAUCUGGAACCUCUAGUUUCUCCGGAAGCGGUAACUGGGUUGGUGGAAGUAGUUCUUCCACUGGAUCGUGGUCGGGAACUUUUGGUAAUGGUAAUGGCGGAACGUGGUCAGGUGUUGCCAGAACCGGAUCGGGAACAUGGUCCGGAACAACUACCAAUAAUCAACUGGUCACAGGAACAUGGGCAGAUAUGAGUGGAGCAGGAACCUAUGGUAUUUGGAAUGUAACCUCUGGUCCUUGGCUUGGCACGAGCGGAGUUUGGUCCACAAAUGGGAACGGAGGAGGAACGUGGAUUGUCACACAAGUAGCCGAUAUGACUAACUCAGGGGGUUCUUGGAGCAACACCGGUAGAUAUGAUUCAUCGUGGAACAUGAACACUCAAGGUACCGGAAAUACUGGCGAAGUGUGGACAGGGACUUUAGAUCUGGGAUCUCUGGAUACUGGAACAUCAUGGAGUAGAGGCAGUGAAACUGAAACGCGGGGUACAUCGACGUGGAACAACGUUCAAGGGUCAGGAACUAACAUCCAAGGUGGAACGUCAAGCACAAGUACAUCGACAGGGAACACUGGAUUGUGGACAGAUGGGACCGGAGAGACCAUCAACACCAAUGUAGACAAGUCUGGUAUCAAUAUACAAGGGGCCACGACAGGUGGAAACACAGACAGCGUCGACACUUCCAAGAAUCAGAUUUCUGAUAACAUCGACAUCACCAAGGUUGGAAUCGACGCUGGCGCUAAAGGUAUCAAUACUGGGCCAACUGGUGGAACCAACCAGAUUAACCGAAUGUACAGUCUGGAUACUGUCAAUUUCUUGGGUGGCAAGUGGGAUAAUGGCAAUUGGGUUUCUGACAGUUCUGAUACAGGACCUCAAACGUCUGUUGACACCAGCUGGACAUUUGAAAAAGAGAUUUCUGGUGGACAAACAGGACCUACUAAACCAGUAGUCAACCAGCCGCGUCGUAAUAGAUGGCAGAUCGUGGGUAGUGGUAAACCAAACAUCCCCGUCAUCGAUACACCUAAAACUGGCGGCAGCAUCGAUUCUAUAUUUAACGUAGACGGACAAUGGGUCGUACAACCCAAUAAAAACCAAGGCCAGCCAGCUGUGCGGGUAGAGGGUGGUCGAUGGGUCAAGGAACCAACCAAUCCAAGCAGUACUACCACCGACAGUCAAGGACGAAGCUUCAUCACCGGAUCUGGAAUGUGGAAGAUUGUUGGACCGGAUGGACGAAUUAUACGAUCAGGAGUAGGUAACUCCAUUCCAGCAAAUGUUAUUAAUGAACUGAUGGGCAACACAAGAUCUGUAGGUUGGACCAAACAACUAGAAUGGACCAUCAUUGGACCAAAUGGGCAGCUCUUGCGGUCCGGAACUGGACAAAUUCCUCAGAAUCUUCGAAACACUGGAACCGUCUUAGCAGGUGGCUUCUUCGACGUCAAUCUUGGUGAUGUAAGUCAAUGGGUCAUCAUCAGCGGUGAUGGUCAGAUUACUAAACAUGGUAUAGGUAGCACCCCCAACGUCCAGAUACCUCAAGGUUCACUUCUGAUGAAGAUCAUCUGGUCAUCCGGGAACCAACAAUGGACAAUAGCCAAACCUGACGGCACAGUCAUCAAAUCAGGAACCGGAAACUUCCCACAAACUCUCGACUUGUCCAAUCUUUUGAAUCAGGUGAAACCGACAGGUAGAUUUGGAAUGGGACAAACGGGUGCCACAGUAGUAACUGGUUCCGGAGGCGGGGGAAGAUGGAUAAUUGGUGGCAACCAAGCAAUGGCUAGACAACCAUCAGUAAUGAAAAUAGGGGGUGGACAAGUGAAAAUAGGAAGUGGACAACCAUCAGUAGUGAAAAUAGGGAGUGGACAACCAUCAAUAAUGAAAAUAGGGGGUGGACAAGUGAAAAUAGGGAGUGGACAACCAUCAGUAGUGAAAAUAGGGAGUGGACCACUUCCGAUGAAUGUGGGGGGAUCAAGCCAAUGGACCGUCUCAGGAUCGGGUACAAGUGGCCCAAGUAGUAUAGACAUUAACAAAAUCAUCGGAGCAAUUGGUGGCAAAAUACCAGGAUCAAGCGUCGGUUCUUCCGGACCUCGACAAGGGUCAUCUGGAACAGCGACCUUCGUGUCUAACUCUGGUACAUCUGGUCAGCAAGGUGGUUCCGGAUCAUCCAACAUCCGUGGUGUGUCUUCAGUGGCUGGAAGUGGUCGAGUUGACUCUACUCCACUUGGUUCUAGGGGGGUUACUGAUUUAGAAAGAGGGUCAUUUGAUGUGACGGUUGACAAGACUAAUAUUGGACCACUAGAUUAUAACUUGAGGGCCAUCAAGAUGCGAUCCAAGAGAUCCCUUUCUCGACCACAAGCCAUUAUUUCCAACUGUAACGGUGUCAAUGGUGAAGGACCUUCCAUUAUGGUUUCCGGUGGUCCUGAUUAUGUUACUUUCUCCAUCAAAACUUCCAAUACUGUGCGACCAGCUCAGCUUACCAUACCAGCGAGACCUGGGUAUAACGAUGUGUCUAUGAUAUACGAUGGCCAGAAUUUAAAAGCAAAAGUAAACGAUAUCGCUCGCUCAAUCCCAUUAACAGGUAAAAUCGAAAUGAGGCAAGCAGGUUUAUUAUUUGGAGCUUGUAAUGGUUAUGCUAAUUUUAGAGGAGAAGUAGAUGACUUCGAGAUGUAUGAAUGUAUUCCACCAUUUUGGGGCUAAUUAUCCGGGACUUCUGUCACGUAAUUAGCUGUGAUGUACAUAAUAGACUUUAUUUAAACCAACCCAUUUUAUAAUUCUAACCAGAAGUUGUUAAUUCGCCAAAAAUAUUCGAAAGUUUAAAAUUACUACUUCAUUUUUAUAAUUCACCAUAGCUUUAAGGUUGAAUUUAUAACUUUUAUAGCUAAUUUGCAAUGUGGAUAAAAAAUAAUAGUAAAAUAAGCUUAUUUGAAAAUCAUUUCUCUUGCCAACUGCUAGCUUUAAUGUCGAAAUAAUGGUUCAGAAAAGAUCUAUUUUCAAUUUAUUAGCAUUAGCAUAAAAAAGUUGUCAGGCAUAUUACAUGACAUGACAUAACAUAAUUAUGCCAACUUGAGCAAUUCUAAAGCUGUAAGGUAUAAGCCGAAGAAGGUCGUAAUAUCUUGACAUUGUGAAGAUGAUCACUGGCAUAAGGUAAAAUAUUAAAAUGUGUUCAGUUUUAAUAAGAAUCACGCAUGUGAUUGAUGUGUGUGUAAGAAAUGAAUAAAUAUCUAAUAUCUAAGCACUCUAAUUAUACCAAUUGGAUCUGAGUGAAUUCCUAGUCAAAAAUGUAGACAAAAAUUUAAGCACUUUGUAGAUACAGUAGCACCUUGGCUCAAACAGCCGAUCUUACCCUUUUCAAAAAUUCCAUGGUAAAAACAAUAUUUUUGGACAAAAUAAAAAUAAUUUUAAGAAAUGU